AUGUACGACAUAGGCGACAAAGCUGCUCCAACUAGCAUGGAAGUCGAGAACAGUGUGGCGACAUCCGAUCAUGUGGAUGGGAAAGGAUCUAUAGGUAACAUUCACAAUGCGGCCGGUGAGAGUCAGUUGGCUACUGAUACCUAUGGCAACGCUAUUGUCGAGUUCGACAAGGAAGCCGUUCGCAAGCUCAGAUGGAAGCUCGAUCUCUACAUAAUUCCAACUGUUGCUCUUCUUUAUCUUUUCUGUUUCAUUGACCGAGCGAACAUUGGCAAUGCUCGAAUUGCCGGCUUGGAAGAAGACCUAGGGCUUCAAGGUUACGACUACAAUAUCAUUCUUUCUUUCUUUUACAUCUCGUACAUCAUUUUCGAGAUACCUGCAAACAUAUGUUGCAAGUGGAUGGGACCUGGCUGGUUCCUUCCCCUCACAUCUCUUAUCUUUGGCAUUGCCUCUGUUGCCACCGCUCUAGUCCAGACUCAGGCUGCUAUGCGAGGUGUGCGAUUUCUUUUGGGGAUUUUCGAAGCCGGGGUGUUGCCUGGGAUCUCGUACUACCUGUCAAGGUGGUAUCAGCGUGCCGAGCUCACAUUCCGCCUUUCACUCUGCUUGGUUGCAGCCCCUCUGGCUGGCGCCCUCGGCGGACUUCUCGCCUCAGCCAUCCUUACCAUGGAUAGUUUCGGCUCCCUCCGUGAAUGGAGAAUGAUAUUUGCUGUAGAGGGCAUAAUUACUAUAGGCCUAGCUGCCAUCUCAUUUUUCACGCUGACGGAUCGUCCAGAAACGGCGCGCUGGCUAACGCAGGAGGAGAAGGAACUCUGUACUGCUCGUCUAAAGUCAGAGCGUGUGGGAGCCACGGAGAUCCUCGACGGCAUGGACCGCACUAAGCUCGUACGCGGUAUGACGAGCCCUGUCACCAUUCAAAUUGCCGUCAUUUUCCUGUUCAACAAUAUCAGCGUACAAGGGCUCGCGUUCUUUCUGCCAAUGAUUGUGCGCUCAAUCUACCCGAGCUACAGCAUUGUUCAACAGCAGCUUUACAGCGUGCCUCCUUACGCAGUAGGAGCCUUGUUUGUACUGGGGUUUCCAGCACUGAGCUGGUAUCUUGAUCGCAGACAGGUACUUAUCGCGUUGAGCGCUCCAUUAAUGAUAAUCGGUUACAUCAUGUUCCUGGUCUCAGGCAUAGCCAGAGUUCGAUACGCUGCAACCUUCCUCAUUGCCAGCACUGCCAUGGUUCUGGGCACAAUGUCUAACGCGCAGAUCAGCGCCAAUGUGGUUAGCGAUACAGCACGGAGCAGUGCCAUAGGCUUAAACGUUAUGUUGGGCAACGUGGGUGGACUCGUGUCUACCUGGAGCUAUAUUUCAUCAGAUGCGCCAGAUUUCAAGAUUGGCAAUGGGUUAAAUCUUGGUGCCGCUUGCAUGAUGCUUCUCAUAUCACUUGGCGGCUGGUUUUGGAUGAAGUGGGAUAAUAAAAAGAGGGAUCAGCGCGACAUUGAUGCUGAGUUAGCAGGUCUCAGUGCGAAGGAAAUAUCUGACCUUGACUGGAAGCACCCCGGUUUCCGCUGGAGGACAUGA